AUGGAGGAAUCCAGUACGAGAACAACACCAGAGAGAUGUCCUAGUCCUCUUCCUCCAAAGGAUCAUCAGCUUUUGAAUGAAGAGGAUGAAGAGCUUAACAAUAUUCAUGGUAUAGAGACAUAUGUUAGGGGUGAUGAGCAGCAUAUAGAAGACAUCCCUAUAGAGAUAUUUGUGUGGCGAGAUAAGCAGUGUAAGGAGGAAUUUCCCACAGAGACAUAUGUGAGAGGUGAUGAUCAGUAUAAGGAAGACAUUCCUACAGAGACAUAUGUGGGGCGUGAUGAGCAGUGUAAAGAGGAAUUUCCUACAGACACAUUUGUGAGAAGUGAUGACCAGUAUAAGGAUGAACUUCCUACGGAGACAUAUGUGAGGGAUGAUGACCAGUAUAAGGAGGAACUUCCUACGAAGACAUAUGUGUGGGGUGAUGAGCAGUGUAAAGAGGAAUUUCCUACAGAUACCUACCCAGAUGAAUGUGUCCGGAGCUCAGAAGAUCUAAUUUCUUCAGAUUUUAAAGCUCGCGAUUGUGGUAUCACACAAGACACAUAUGAAGAGCGUGCCGUUAUCUCAGAUAUAAUCUCAGCCUUUCACAGUAAAGAUCUAUCAUCUGAUCCUUUUCAACAUCUUCUAUGUUCUGGUUCAUCACAGACUGUUAAGCAAAAUACAAGUAACAGAAGGGAUGUUGUACAUCAAAGAGAGAAAACUGGGAAGAAGUUAAUGUCAUGUUUAGAAUGUGGGAAAUGUUUUACUCGGAAAUUUCGUCUUGCUGAACAUCAACGAAUUCACACAGGGGAGAAGCCGAUUUCAUGUUCAGAAUGCGGGAAAUGCUUUACUCGAAAAUCAAAACUUAAUAGACAUCAGAGAAUUCACACAGGAGAGAAGCCAUUUUUAUGUUUUGAAUGUGGUAGAUGUUUUACUCGAAAAACACAUCUUGUUGAACAUCAACGAACUCACACAGGGGUGAAGCCAUAUUCGUGUCCAGAAUGUGGGAAAUGUUUUGCACAGAAAACAACUCUUGUUGUACAUCAAAGAAUUCACACGGGAGAGAAGCCGUUUUCAUGUCUAGAAUGUGAGAAAUGUUUUACUUGGAAAUCACAGCUUCUUGAACAUCAGCGAACAUGCAAAGGCAAGAGGUCAAUUUUAUGUCCAGAAUGUGGGAAAUGUUUCUUAGGAAAAGCAUGUCUUGUUGAACAUCAGAAAAUUCACACAGGGGAGAAGCCAUUUUUAUGUCCAGAAUGUGGGAAAUGUUUUGCACAAAAGGUAACCCUUGUUAUACAUCAAAGAACUCACACAGGGGAGAAGCCAUUUUCAUGUCCAGACUGUGGGAAAUUUUACAGUGUUAAAUCAAAUCUUGUUCGACAUCAAUUGACUCACACAGGAGAGAAGCCAUUUUCAUGCCAAGAAUGUGGGAAAAGUUUUAAUCAAAAAUCACAUCUUGUGGAACAUCAACUAACUCACACAGUGGAGAAGCCAUUCUCAUGCCCAGAUUGUGGGAAACUUUAUAGUGUUAAAUCAAACCUUGUUCGCCAUCAAAGAACUCACACAGGAGAGAAGCCAUUUUCAUGCCAAGAAUGUGGGAAAAGUUUUACUCAAAGAUCACAUCUUGUUGCACAUCAACUAACUCACACAGUGGAGAAACCAUUUUCAUGUCCAGAAUGUGGGAAGUUUUUUUCUCAAAAAUCACAUCUUGUUACACAUCAGUUAACUCACACGGGGGAGAAGCCAUUUCCAUGUUCAGAAUGUGGGAAAUGUUUCAUAAGAAAAGCAGGGCUCGUUGAACAUCAGAAAAUUCACACCGGGGAGAGGCCAUUUUCAUGCCAAGAAUGUGGAAAAUGUUUUAGCCAUAAAUCUGCUCUUGUUCGGCAUCUCAGAAUUCACACAGGGGAGAAACCAUUUUCAUGCAUUGUAUGUGGAAAGUGUUUUACCCAAAAAUCUGCUCUAAUUUCUCAUCAUGGAACUCACACUAGAAACACUUUUCAUGUCCAGAAUGUAGAAAAUGUUUUAGAAACAAACCAUAGUUCUUAACCAUCAAAUUACUUUUCCUCACCUUGACGUAACUGCACAAGAAGGUGAGGGCUAAAUUCCUAUACUCUGACUUGCAGUGAUGAUGCAGAAACAGCAAUUGUGUCUGUGCCAUCAGUAUCGGGAGCAGGCCAUAAGAUACAGACAAGCUUUCACUGCAAUGGCCAGGAUUGUAGCUAGCUCCUUCACCAGGUAUUUAACCCCUAAGAUGAUGCAGUCUUGAAAAUAACAACUCUCCAGUGAUUCCAGGAUGACUGUGCCAAAAAAAGAUAAUUUUUGUAACAUUAGACUCUCAAUGAUCUCCGGUAAAAACAUGAGCUUGUCACCCCAGAGUCAUGGCUUCAGUCCUAGGAAAUACAACUUUUGCUUGAAUAAAGUGUUGUGUGUUCUCACGAGUGGGUUGUCACUCAUGAUUUUAUUUGAUUUUAUUGUGUUUCUUGUCUUUUAUGUACUA